AUGAAAGUCAAUGAAGGAGAGAAAGCAUUCAAAUGCAAGGAGUGUGGGAAAUGUUUUGCUUCCAGUUCAGUUUUUGUGAUCCAUCAAAGAAUUCACACAGGAGAGAAAUCCUACAAAUGUUGUGAUUGUGAAAAAUGCUUUGCUUAGAAUUCGCAGCUAAUGGUACAUAAGGCAGUCCACACCGGGGGAAAACCAUAUAAAUGUCAGGAGUGUGGGAAAUGCUUUGUUCAGAAUUCACACCUUGUGACACAUCAGAAAGUUCACACUAGAGAGAAACCAUAUAAAUGCCAGGAGUGUGGGAAAUGUUUCGCCCAAAAUUCGCACCUUGUGACACAUCAGAGAGUUCACAUGGCAGAGAAACCAUACAAAUGCCAGGAAUGUGAGAAAUGUUUCCCUUGCAAUUCUCAACUUGCAGCCCACCAGAGAAUCCACUCAGAAAACAACCCACACAAAUACCAUUUAACUAUUGCAAUGGUGAAACCAUUUUUUUAA